GCCUUGUACCGGCAGGGCGGAAAGCGCUUCCUUGUGAAGAUGGCGGCUCCCUUGACUCUACUUUUAGUUGUAGCCGUUACAAUCCGCGCGGCUCUUUACAGAUCCUCUCUAGCGGAGGUAAUCGCGGAGCGGGUGGAGGUGGUGUCACCCAUUACCGCCUGGAAACGAGUUAUUGAGGGUUUGGCACUGCUUGAUCUUGGAGUUUCACCAUACUCAGGAGAUGUGUUCCAUGAGACCCCUCUCGUCAUCUAUCUCUUCCACUUUCUGGUGGAUUAUGCAGAAAUUACAUUUAUGUUGGCAGACGUGAUCUCUGCUAUUGCUCUCUACUUGGCAGUGAAGGAAUACAACAAACAAGUGUCCAGAAAACAGAAGUUUGCCCUGGAGGCAGACCGAUACCCUCAAGACUGUUUGGAGCUCAUCAGAAGUCCCAAAGAAAUGUUGUACAUUCCCCUGAAAGUAGCCAUGUUUUACCUGCUGAACCCAUUUACCAUCCUGUCCUGCGUCGCCAAGUCGACCUGCGGCCUGAACAAUGCGGUCAUCUCCCUGUUCAUCCUCACCACGAUUAAAGGAAAUGCCCUGCUGAGUGCUGUCUUCCUGUGCUUGGCCACUUACCAGUCCAUCUACCCUCUCACACUGUGUGCUCCAGCGAUGCUGUACCUAAUGCAGCGCCAGUACAUCCCGGUGAAUUAUCGAAGAGCCAGUUUCUGGUGGUUUGUCGUUCAGUACCUCUUCAUGUACCUCGGUAGCCUGUUUGUCCUCAUCUGUCUUUCCUUCUUCCUGCUCGGCUCGUGGGACUACCUGCCAUCUGUUUAUGGCUUCAUUCUUUCAGUUCCUGACCUCACCCCGAACAUCGGCCUCUUCUGGUACUUCUUUGCUGAGAUGUUUGAGCAUUUCCGCCUCUUCUUCCUCUGUGUUUUCCAGAUCAAUGUUUUCUUUUACACCGUCCCUCUGUCCAUCAAACUCAAGGACCAUCCGGUGUUUCUGAUGUUCAUGCAGUUAGCUGUGAUCUCCAUCUUUAAGUCUUACCCCACUGUGGGAGACAUUGCGCUCUACAUGGCCCUGCUUCCUGUCUGGAGUCACCUGCACAGAUUCCUGAGGAACAUCUUUCUGGUGUCCUGUGUCCUGUUGGCCUGUUCUGUUCUGUUCCCGGUUCUGUGGCACCUCUGGAUCUACGCUGGCAGCGCCAACUCCAACUUCUACUACGCCAUAACUCUGCUGUUCAAUGUGGCGCAGAUCCUUCUGGUGUCAGAUUACUUCUACGCCUUCCUGAGGAGGGAACACCACCUCAUCCAUGGACUUUAUCUAAAGAAGAAGGAUGGCUCGGAGGCUACGCUAGUACUAAAAUAGAAGCACAGUCUCUACAGGGAGGAAGAAACUGUUGAAGCUCUCCCUAAAGUGAAAAACUGAGAUGAAUAAGAGACAUCGGCGCUGCACUGAUCAUCAGAAUGAACAAAAGCACACAUGCAGAAAGUGUGUGAGGUACAACUUCAUGUGUCAGACUCAGACUUGUGACCCCCUUCUCUGUUGGAAAACUUACUCUGAAGGAUCUCCCCUCUGACACCUUAGAGAAACUGGACUUUUAUUUUGAAGGUUAUUUCCUCCUAUUACAUGUUGUGGAUGAACCAACAGAGGAACAUACAGCUGGGCUUUUAUUUUGAAGCCUGCCUUUUCAUUAAAAUUGACAAAUGUAGGAAACCUUUUGAGUCUCUCACAUAAAACUACUGGUCCUGACUCACCGUAAUGUUAUGUUGUGUUUAAACUGAUUUAGUUAUACUAGGAACAGAGAAAAUGGAAUUAUGAAAGGUUUCUCACUCUUUAAUUACAUAAACUCCAUCUCCUCAGUUUUGGAUCUCAUCCCUGUUUAAAGCCGGACUAUCUACAGCACAUAACACCACCUGGACUUGGGAUGCUGCCUAAAAAGUGUGGAUUGGUUCAUCCUCAGGCCUUCUCCACAUGAACACGGAUAUAUUUUACAAGCAAAUUUAUUAUCCAAAUAAUCAGAAGUAGUGGAAUCUCAGGCGUUUUAUGUGGCGUUAGCCCGGUGCUUUCAGGUGCAUCUGUCAAGAGUUGUCUUCACUUGAAAUGAUGCCAAAAACAUUUAGAUGGCGAUCAUUUUAAUUAGCCUAGGGCUGUUUUUCAAUAAAACUUUUGUGUUUGUGAAUUAGGUCUCAGAUUCAUCUGAUAGAAGCUGAAUAACUGAGGAGAGCAGACAGCAGUGAAUGUGUUUGAUCUGAAGUACGGGAGCAUAGAAAAAUGGUGAUGAUGAUUAUGGACCAAGUGAAAUCGCCCUACAGUUUUCUUCUGAUUCCAUCCCUACAAAUGUUUUAUCACUGUGAGAAAUGUCUCCACUGUUUCUGCAUGUAAUCAAAAAUAAUUAGUUAAAAAAAACAUUUUAAUGGUUCUAAUGAACUUCUUCUGUAUGCAUGCAGGUUAUGGAUGACGUGGUUGUCAGAAGAUACUACUUUGGUAAUGGGGGGAUUUAGCAUUUUUAGUGAGAAAGACCUCAGAUUUCAAAUGUUGAAUGGUCAGUUUUUUUUUUUUUUGGUUUUUUUUUUUUUUUGUAGAAAGGAAACACACACUCACUCCCCUAACUAAAACCAAUAUCCGGUAGAUCCAGGAAGUCAUUUACUACCCUGAUUGUUUUCACAAGACAAAAACAAGAAUUAUCAUGAAUAUUUAACUCCCUAACAAAAGGUAAACUCGUAUGUUUUACUCUUUUAAAGCUUUUUUUACUCUCCCAGUUUUUUGUAAAACCAAAUGACACUAUUAUAGUAUUCUAAUCUAUGUUUAUGUUUAUUUAUUUGGCAGACGCUUUUAUCCAAAGCGACUUACAAUUUAUAACCUAUAGGGCAUGUUGUGAUCUGUGGGGGAAACUGGAGUACCCGGAGGAAACCCACGGGGAGAACACGCAACUCCAUGCAGAAAGGCCGCAGCCCAGUUUCGAACCAGCAACCUUCGUGCUGCGAGGCAACAGUGCUAUCCACUGCUUCACGAUGCAGCCCUAGUCGGUGUUUACUACAAACUAACUCAUUGUUUCAUGGUACCAAUAUUUUACAUUUUAAAUUAACACAAAACUGUUUGGAAACUAACAUUUUCGCAUCAGAUCAUAUUUAAACAACAGAUGUUUAUUCCAGACUGUGUCUGAAUGGUGCUGUCUGUUUAGACAGACUGAUAUAUGACACAUUUUUUUAUGGAACUGGGAAAGAUGCAGCUUUCCGAUUAAAUGAAAUAACACAAAACCUUUAAAGAGCAAGUCUCCCCCAAAUAAACUUUUUUUGCUGAUAAACUAAAUAAACGAGUGUCUAAUCAUGCUGCAGACACGUGUAGUCAAUAAUUUGGCACUUCAGUGCAUCUUAGUUAAAAUUUAAAUAUUCUGCUUAAAACUGGCAGUGUUGUGCCGUUGUCAGGUAAAAACUCUGCACUGCACUUUGAAUUUAAAUCUGCCACCGCUAUUGGCUAAGAGGUAUGCUAUGAUGUAAACUGGUACAUUAUUAUGUCACAAUGCUGUUGUGUGUGUGUGUGUGUGUGUGUGUGUGUGUGUGUGUGUGUGUGUGUGUGUUUGUUGGCAGCUCCGCCUUCUCGGUCUGCCAGGCAACAGCAUUUGUUGCAUUUUUCAAACAUGAAGUGGGAGUGGAGUUAGACUCUGGUAGGGCUUGACUUGCUCUUUAAAAUCAACAUGAAGAUUCUCUGAAUGUUUAGUUGCAUUUUGGGUUAAUUCCAUGUUUCAGAGUCAAAGAUAAAAUGGUUUACUUUGCGCCCACCUACAUAAAAUUAAACACCUCUUGACUUUU